AUGUCUGAACCGAUCCGCAAUAAGAAGAUGGACUCCAUCUCUGCUCCGUCUAACAAGCAGCCUACCAGCACACCGCAAAACACACCCGCCAAUGCUGCACCCAUCUCGUCGCGCGCCCAGCAGCCCAAUGUCGGCACCAUCAAAGAAGAGGAGCUUGACCGCGCCGCUGCUGGACUAUUCGCUGCAAACCCCGCCCUGGUCUCGAUGAUGCAGGCAAAGCUCGGUUCCCUUGUUGGACGCUCAAGCGGCUACAUCGAGUCGCUGCCUGGCUCCGUCCGCCGCCGUGUCGCUGGCCUGAAGGGCGUCCAGAAGGAGCACUCCAAGCUCGAGGCCGAGUUCCAGGAGGAGGUUCUCCAGCUCGAGAAGAAGUACUUCGCCAAGUUCACACCUCUGUACGAGGAGCGUGCCAAGAUUGUCAACGGCUCUACCGAGCCCACAGAGGAGCAGGUCAAGAUCGGCGAGCAGCAAGAUGAUGACGAUGAGGAUGACGAGGAAGCUGGCGAGAAGGAGCUCAACAAGGACGAGGGCAAGGACGUCAAGGGUAUCCCAGAGUUCUGGUUGAGCGCUAUGAAGAACCAGAUCUCGCUCGCCGAGAUGAUCACAGACCGCGACGAGGCUGCGCUGAAGCACCUCACCGAUGUCCGCAUGGAGUACCUCGACCGCCCCGGUUUCCGCCUCAUCUUCGAGUUUGAGGAGAACGAGUUCUUCGCCAACAAGACCAUCACCAAGACAUACUUCUACCAGGAGGAGAACGGCUACGGUGGCGACUUUAUCUACGACCACGCUGAGGGCGACAAGAUCGACUGGAAGGCAGGCAAGGACCUGACCGUCCGUGUUGAGAGCAAGAAGCAGAGGAACAAGAACACAAAGCAGACUCGCGUCGUCAAGAAGACCGUUCCCACAGAGUCGUUCUUCAACUUCUUCGACCCCCCAAGCCCUCCCCAGGACGAAGACGAUGACGCCUCCUCCGACAUCGAGGAGCGCCUCGAGCUUGACUACCAGCUGGGUGAGGACAUUAAGGAGAAGCUCAUCCCCCGCGCCAUCGACUGGUUCACCGGCGAGGCUCUUCAGUACGAAAAUAUUGAGGACUUCGACGAGGGCGAGUUCGAAGACGAGGAUGAUGAGGAUGAGGAUGAGCUCAGCGACGAUCGCGAGGAGGACGAAGAGUCAGAUGACGAGAACGACGGCACAAAACCCAAGCAGGAGGCUGCUGAGUGCAAGCAGAGCUAA